AUGCCUUUUGCCUCUGUUGACUCCCCAUUUACCUUAUCAGUGGUGGAGACCUUCAUGCAAUUUAUGCCUAACUGCAAGGCGCCGGGUCCUGAUCACAUCCAUGCAGAAAUGCUAAAGCCCAUUUGGUCUCACAUCUCAUCUCUUCUUGCCUGUCUUUUUACUAUUUGCUGGCAAUGGUCAUACACCCCUUCUCUCUGGCGCCACGCCCAAGUGUUUUCAAUGUUUAAGAAGGGAGACCCUUUGGAUGCAGCUAACUACCACCCCAUCUCUCUUACAUCUGUUGUCUCCCCAGAAUUGCACAGAUAUUCUCCUCCUUUAGAUGUUGCCCAAGGUGGAUUUCGUCCUCGUCAUGGUGCUCUUGACCAAGCUCUCACUGCAAAAACAUCUUAA